AUGAACCCACCAGAGAGGACCCAGCAGACCUACCAGAUGUACCGAUACUAUGGAGACCCUGAGACCUGCUGGACAUUCAUCCAGGACUGUGCGGGGUGCUUGGACUGGAGUUCCUCGGAAUUUAACAAGGUGUCGUUCCUGGUGCUUUGCCUGGGAGGCAGAGCCCUGCGGUGGGCCGCCCAAUAUUUGGACAUUCAACCCAUAGAAGAGGUCUCCUUUUGGCCCAUCGCAAAGGAGCUUCUGGUGACCUUCAGCCGCAAAUCACAACAGUCCUCCACACACCCCUCCACGACUCUGAUCUGCCGAACCUCCAUCCCCUCACCUGGUCCUGACAGCACUGCCUCUGCGUCUCCGGUGGGCUGUCACUCCUCAUCUCCCUCUGCUUCAGCUGGCGCCAUCACGGCACCUCCGAUGGGCCAAGCUACCACAACCUCGCCUGUUCCUGAUUGCGCUGCCGCAUCUUCUCCGUUGGGCUGUCACUCCUCCUCUGCUUCAGCCGGCGCCAUCGCAGCACCUCCAAUGGGCCGAGCCACCACACCCUCGCCUGUUCCUGACAAUGCUGUCGCAUCGUUUCCGGUGGGCUGUCAUUCCUCCCCAUCCUCCGUUCCCACCAGCAUCAUCCCCGCCUCUCCGAUGAGCCGGACCUCUCCACCACGACGCAACCGCCGCCGGCUCCAUCCGCCAGCUCAGUUCAAGGCCCUCUCCAAGACCGUUCCGGUCCGGCCGGUCCAGGAGGCUACGCCUCCAGGGUCUCCGCCUGCAGUGUCUACACCUGCAGGACCUGAGCUUGCAGGGCCUAGGCUUGCAGGGCCUAUGCUUGCAAGGUCUACGCCUGCAGGGUCUACGCCUCUUCCAGAGUCCACUCUGCAGUCUCUCACAGAGACUACGCCUGCAGGGACUAUGCCUGCAGGACCUCCAGAGUUUUCGCUGCAGUCUCUCACAGAGACUACGCCUACAGGGACUACGCCUGCAGGGUCUACGCCUCUUCCAGAGUCCACUCUGCAGUCUCUCACAGAGACUACGCCUGCAGGGACUAUGCCUGCAGGACCUCCAGAGUUUUCGCUGCAGUCUCUCACAGAGACUACGCCUACAGGGACUACGCCUGCAGGACCUCCAGAGUUUUCGCUGCAGCCUCCUGCAGUGUCCUCGCCUGCCGAGGGGAAAGUGUCCUCGUCUCCUGAGUCCCUGUCUCCAGAGCCUCCCUCUUCGGAGUCUCCCUCUUCGGAGUCUCCCUCUUCGGAGUCUCCCUCUUCGGAGUCUCCCUCUUCAGAAGCUCCCUCUUCAGGUCCUCCCUCUUCAGGUCCUCCCUCUUCAGGGUCCCCCUCUUCAGAAUCUCCCUCUUCAGGGUCCCCCUCUUCAGAGACCCUUUGUCAGCCUCCUCCUGAGUCCUCGUCUCUUUGGCCUCCUGAGCCCCCUGUGUCCCGUCUCCUGGUUUUCCGUCGCCGGCCCCCCAGAGCCUCCUGGUCCUGUCUCCUGUUUUUCCCCUCGUUUGGUCUCUAGGAGGUUUUUUUUUUUUUAUUUUUGUUCGCCAAUAGGUCCCUCUAGGUUCUUGCAUUUUUGGAUUUUGGUUGCAUGGACAUUUGUGCCUAAAAAUAAAGGAUUUUUACGGUU